CUGCUCCCCCAGCCCCGGAGCGAGAGCCGUGACUCCGCGCCGGGCUCUGCUCUGCUCCCCCAGCCCCGGAGCGAGGUGCUCCGUGCCCUCCGCCCUACACAGCCGUGUGCGUUUGGUGCUCGUGGUUUUGGCUGGAGGAGGAGAGCUGGGUAUUUCUGUAAUGUUGCUUCAUCUUUUCCCUUUCUCUGUAACUAAGCUGGAAUUAGGUUUUAUGACGCUCUGUAUUGAUUUUGCUGUCAGCUCUAAGUUGAUAGCGUGCUCUUGAGAUAGUUCUUACUGUACCCGUUUUUCCAAAUUCCCCAAAUACCUUUGGUGUUUGUAGGCUCUUUUCUGUUUGACAGGCACCACCCUCAGGAGUCAAGCUGAGCAGUCAAGCGCUAGAUUAAAACAAAAGUCGGGAGGGGUUUUGGCAGACUUACUCAGCUCGUGGGUUACAGUCCUGAGUGGCUCCACGUCCCGUCUCCCACCUGCUGACUGUGUCAUAUGGUGGCAUCCAAGCACGAGAGACAGAGGGAGCAAUAAAGGUGGCACCUGGAGUGGGCUGCGGGAGCAGCUCAGAGAGCAAACUGUCUCGGCAUGGACAAGGAUGUUACCCGGUGGGAAUGAGCUCAUAAACUGAAGCCUGGAACGUGUGUGCAGGGGGAGUCCCCUGCUGCUGUUAAAAUCGAGAGUUGUAUUGUUCUUUGCCCAACCCUAGGAAUGUCCAUUUUGAAUCUAUAAAUAUGAAGAAUGUCCUUCACUGGUCAGCACCAGAAGGCACAGCUGAUGGAGUACUCUACAAGGUGAAGUAUGCAGUAUACGGUGUUGGCAAAUGGAUUAGAAAGCCAGAAUGCAGGAAUAUAAACAGAACAUGGUGUGACCUCUCCAGUGAGACCUCUGACCACGAAGAGCAAUACUAUGCAAGUGUUAAAGCAUUCCUACAUGGGGCGUGCUCUGACUGGAUGGAGACCACACGAUUCAACCCUCUGACAGACACUAAAAUAGAUCCACCCAUGGUAAGUGUAUCUUCUACUGACAGAUCCAUUUCAAUCGUUUUGACUGCUCCUGAGAAGUGGAAGAAAAGUCCUGAGGAAGAAUCCAUAUCUCUGCUUCAGGUGUACCCUGGCCUGCAGUACAAUGUGUCUGUCCUCAACAAAAAAACAAAGAAGCGGUGGUUCUUCUCCAUCAGCAACAACACCUUGGUUGUGCCCUGGUUGGAACCUGGAACAGCUUAUUGUGUCAGUGCACAGAUACAUGUCACCACCCCAGUUUUGGACAGUGGCUUUUCUAAAGAACAUUGCAUUACUACACUUAAAGAUAAAACAGAAGAUGAGACUAUAACAAUCACAUUUGGAUAUAUUAUGCCUACCAUGCUGGCUCUCCUUUUUAUUUCUGUGGCAUGUUAUUGGGUGCACAAGUAUAUUCACAUCCACAAACACAAACAUCCAACAAACCUGGUGUGGCAGUACACUGAAAAAUGCAAGGAAUGGGUUUUCAUACCAAGUGAAAAAAUAGUGUUCAACCUUAUCACUGUUGAUGGGGAUGGCUGUGAGGGAUCCAGACGUCUGUCGGAAAGGAAAAGUCCCCAUUGCAACACUGCUUACAAUGACACUGAAGGGAGGGAUUGGCCUUCUGAACAGGUGCUGAAAGCAAAACAUUUGUUUGAUUUUUCAUGUGAAGAGAUUUCACUCAAAGAAGAUACUUUAGUGGAAGGGAACCAAACCGGAAACUGGGCAACUCAUGGCCGGUCUGGAACAGAGAUCACUUGGAGAGAUAAAAAUGCAGAGGUUGUAGAGUAUGAGCAUGAUGUAAGGACUGAAGACUUCUGUCCUGCUCAGAAACUAGAAGAGAAGUUUUCUGCCCCUGGGGGGCUGCAGGGUGAGCCACAUGUUGCUUUGGGGAACUUGGUUGAUAUGGAAACAGGACAGCCAUAUUCCCCCCAGCUCGAGGUAGGGGUAGCAGACCUUUGUUUGGGACAGGAGACAGAGGAACUUGAUUUGAAGGUGGUUGAUGCAGCAGAUGAAUUGCCAAGUGAGACCCAUAUCGACUUCAUGGACCUGGAUACUGAAAAGUCUGGGCAGACAUCUUAUCAUCAGCUGGAAAAAACCACACAGGGCCUCACAGAGGAAGAAGGUGUGCAGACCAUAUUAGUUGACUGGGAUCCUGACAGUGGAAGACUGUAUAUUCCUACUUUGUCCAGUGUUGAAAAUCAAGUGUGUAAAGGAAUAUUCAAGUAUGAUGAUCCCAACAAAGAUGGAAUUUUGCUCAGACUCUAUGACAAAGGGGUAUCUGGUGAAUCACCUGAGGACCAAGAAAUGUAUCUCCUGCAGUUCAAAGAACAGUGGGGACUUCAUGUAGAAAUGGAAGACUGAAAGUAAUUUUCUAAAAUUUUCAAAAGUGCAAAAUCUUGUUUAUUUUGCCAAAGAGAGUGAUAGACUCAGGGGAACAGAACAGACAUGUCUUAAUCUUUUGAAGUUUUUGGAACCAUCACAGUUUAACAAUUUAUUCGUUAAAUGUUAUUUAUAAGUCUCCAGAUGUGAUAUAAAUGAUUAUGACAUCAAUCAUAAACCUCUUGUGUAAAAUA